AUGACCAGCGGAGGCCGAGUCCUCACCGUGACAGCUGUCAAGAAGGACCUUGUGUCUGCACUGGAAGAAGCCAACAAAGGAGUGGGAGUCAUUCGCUGUGCCAGGCAGGGGCUGUCGAGGACGCAUGUGUGGGUUUCAGUGGCUUCUGCAACUUUUUCUAUACAAUACGGCUACAACAUCUAUGUGGUCUAUUUUCCUACGGUGCUCCUGGAACACUUCUACAACAUAACAACAUUUGAACAGCUGACAGAACCAAGUUCCCAGUUAAUACUCAUUGGUAUCACCAUCGCCUUGUUCCCAUUUGGAGGAAUAUUUGGAGCUCUUAUGGUUGGUUAUCUGAUGGAUACAUUUGGCAGAAAAGGUACUUUGAUGAUAACUAGUGUUUCCUCCAGUCUCUCUGCCAUCCUCAUGAGUUGUUCCAAUUUGAUACAUGCAUUUGGAUACACCAUGUUUGCACGCUUUUACACUGGAAUAUGUGCAGGCAUACUCUCCAGUGUCAUUCCAUUAUACCUUGGUGAAAUCGCCCCUAGAAGCCUGAGGGGAGCUUUUAUCAUGAUGCCCCACCUCUUCACAACCAUUGGUGUCCUGUUGUCUCGAAUAAUGGCUUAUCACCAUGUCCUGGGGAACCAAAAAGGUUGGCCAUUACUGUUGGGCAUCAUUGGAGUCAUACCAGUUAUACAGAUGUUCCUAGUGCCCUUCUACCCUGAAAGUCCUGGAUAUUUACUAAUCCAGAAGAGGAAUGAAGAGAAAGCAAGGCAAGCCUUGCAGAAGUUGAGAGAUAAGGAAGAUGUGGAGGAUGAGAUGGAAGAGCUUCGCCAGGAGGACAUUGCUGAGAAAUCAGAGAAGGACAUGACCCCCUUCAAAGUGUUGCGGACUGAAAGCCUGCGGUGGCAAGUCAUCACUGUCAUUGUCAUGAUGUCUGGCCAGCAGCUUGCCGGCCUCAAUGCGGCAUACUAUUAUACCGAGAAGAUCUACAUGGCUACGAAUGUGGGAAUUGAAAAUGUCCCAUACAUAAGUACAGCCACAACUGCUCUCCUGUGCAUCUCGAGUGCAUUAGCGAUGUAUCUUGCGGAUUCUGCGGGUAGAAGGGUCCUGAUUCUCAUCGGCUUUGUGGGCUGCACCAUCACCUGUGUUCUUCUAACCAUGACCCUUGAACUUCAGGAGAGUUUCACAGUGAUGAAGUAUUUCAGCGCAUUUUUUGUGAACACAUUCCUCUUUGGACACUUCUUAGGGCCAGGUCCAGUUCCAUUUGUACUCGUCGUAGAGCUGUUCUACCAGUCAUCCCGGGCCUCAGCCUAUGUGAUUGCAGGAUUUCUCAAGUGGUUCCUAACCUUCGUUACAGGAGUGUCAUUCCUUCAAAUACAGAAUCGUAUCGGGUCCUACAGCUUCUUCAUCUUCUGGCCAAUUUGUAUAGCCACGUUUUAUUUUAUAUUCAGAUAUGUCCCAGAAACCAAGCAAAAGACGUAUAUGGACAUCAGAAGAAUCAUCGCGAUUCAGGCAACCAGGAGGAUUGAGGUCAAGGAGCGAAGGCGCAAAUAG